GGACGAGGCAAGGAGUCAGCUGUUGGUGUUCUUGUUUUGUUAACUGAGUUUGAAUAGUACCUAUUUCGUUGUCUCUCCACGAUGUGUGCCUGUGUUGAGGAUUAUAACAAGGUGCUAAAUUUCUGGGCUCCCGUGGAGGCUAAUCCCAAACUUUAUGGAGAGAUUAUUCUUCAGCGCUUGUUUGAAACCAAUCCAGAUGUUCAGAAGCUGUUCCCCAAGUUUGCUGCCCUUUCCAAGGAGCAACUGCAGAACAAUCCUGACCUCCAGACCCAUGGGGAAAUUGUUGUCCGCAAGCUGACAGAAUUUCUGAAAAAGAAACGGGAACACCAGGAACUUGUGAGUGAUCUGGCAAAAAGUCAUUCCCAGCAGCACAAGAUCCCUCGGGUCAAUUUUCAGAUCAUCAGUGAAGUCAUUGUCCUAGUGGCAGCAGAGAAGAUUGAUGGCUUUGGUCCUGAUGCUCUAACAGCAAUGAAGAAUGUGCUGAAGGAGUUUCAAACUGAAAUGGGAGCUUGCUAUGAUAAACUAGGAUUUGAUAAAUGAUCGUAUUUUGUGUAAGCUGUCUUAAUUGGAUGCUUUUUUGGAGCUCUUGUAUAAAUAAAACUACUUCAAAAGUAAA